GCCCUCCUGGGCAACGGCCUCAUCAUCACAGCCGUAGCCUGCGACCACCGCCUCCACACCCCCAUGUACUUCUUCCUCCUCAACCUCGCCCUCCUUGACCUGGGCAGCAUCUCCACCUCUAUCCCCAAAGCCUUGACCAAUUCCCUCUGGGACACCAGGGUCAUUUCCUAUGUAGGAUGUGCUGCACAGGUCUUUCUCUUUCUCUUCUUCAUUGGAGCUGAGUUUUGUCUUCUCACUGUUAUGGCCUAUGACCGCUAUGUCGCCAUCUGCCAGCCCCUGCACUAUGGGACCCUCCUGGGCAGCAGAGCCUGUGCCACCAUGGCAGCAGCUGCCUGGGGCAGUGGCUUUCUCAAUGCUGUCCUGCACACAGCCAAUACAUUUUCACUGCCUCUCUGCCAGGGCAAUGCCCUAGACCAGGUCUUCUGUGAACUUCCCCAGAUCCUCAAGCUCUCCUGCUCAGACUCCUACCUAAGGGAAGUUCGAGUUCUUGUUGUUAGUGCUUUUUUAUUUUGGGUGUGUUUUGUUUUCAUUGUUCUGUCUUACUUGCAGAUCUUCAGGGCUGUGCUGAGGAUUCCCUCGCAGCAGGGACAGCACAAAGCCUUUUCCACGUGCCUCCCUCACAUCGCUGUGGUCUCUCUGUUCCUCGGCACUGCCAUGUUUGACCAUCUGAAGCCACCCUCCAUCUCUUCUCCAUCUCUGGAUCUGGCAGUGGCAGUUGUGUACGCGGUGGUGCCUCCAGCACUGAACCCCCUCAUCUACAGCCUGAGGAACCAGGAGCUAAAGCAUGCCCUCAGGAUAUUGAUAACUAGUGUUUCAAAAAGAACAAGCUACUUAUCUUGUUACAAGCCACAAAAAUGGCUUGUAAUGUAA